AUGCUCAGCGGCCACGUGGAACCCACGGUGGCACAGAAGGAGACCGACGUCUACAGGCUGGUGUCUUCGGCGAUGCGUCAGCCGUCGCUGCGCCGCCAGCUGUCGCAGAUCCUGCCCAUCGUGCGCGCCAUGACGCCGGCGCAGCGGCUCGCGCUGGCGGCCAUGCUGUCGCAGGCGGCGGCGGGCCGCGUGGCCGCCGCGGGGAUUCCCCUGGGCGGAGUGGCGAACGCGCCUGCGCAGAAGUUGCUGCUGCCGCUCAGCUGGGACAUCGCCAACCUAAUCACGGCCAGCGCCGCCGAGGCCGACGGCGGCCGCCUGCUACGCGUCACGCAGGUGGGAGGAGCGCCGCAGGCUCAGGAGCUGAGGCGACGCAUGGGCGGCGGCCCCAGCGGCUUCCGGCGGUCGCCACCCCCGCCGCCCCCGCUGACCAGGCCAGUGCCGCCACCGGUGGACCUGCCCCCACCACCGGGGAACAACAGGAGGAGCGGCCUCGUCACUACUGGAGAGCAGCACCAGCAACAGAUACCGACGACGUUUCGGCCUUCGCCCGCUAGGCCGCAGCACCGCCUGGAGACGGCCGACAACGACCCGGAGCCGCAGUCGUGCAACUUGGUGGCCAACGACCUGUGUCUCGAAACCGACGACUACCCAGACUCUGCGAUCCUGGCGAGCAUCCGGCGCAGCCAGGGCUCGAUGGACGCCAUGCUGCUGGACAGCGGCCAGCGCUCCACCUCUCCGACGCCCACUGCAGACAGACGGCCGGAUUCACCCUUGGCUGCGGCGCUGACGUCAUCGCAGACUUCGGAGUCCGGCACGGCGUCGCUGUGUGCGUCUCGCACGCAGCUGGCCAGGCCGCGGCGGGCUCGCGCCACCAGCGGCCAGUGGAAGUUCGUCGUCAACGUGGGCGAGUACACCCAGACGCUGCGCCUCGACCUCUGCCUAAAGCCUCGUGAGAGCUGCGGCCUGUUGCCGGACAACGUGGAGUCGCGCUGCCAGCAAGUGUACAACUACCACCGCUUGCUCACCUGGGACAACGAGCGGGGACUCCACAUGGACAUCUUCAAGGUGCCCACGUGCUGCACUUGCCAGGUGACCGCCGUGCACCCGCUGCUGCAGCGGCCCAGCAAGCAGCCGACACAGCAGCAGCAGCAGCAGCAGCAGCAGCAGGCCGGCGCCAAACACCACGACGUCGAUAACGACGCCGACGCAGCGGCUGUCGUUCCGUCCCGGCUACCAUCCAUCACCACCCCGUCGUCGGCGCCCACGACGCCACCGCCCAGCUUCCUGCCGACGCGGCACGGCUUCCGGCGGCCGUCCACGCACCCUGUCACCGGCUCCCCAGGUUACCUGCCGCCUCGGGGGCCGCCGCUGCCGCUCGCCGACCACGGAGGCGCAGACGUCGACUCCCGCCUCAGCUGGCUCAAGCGCAACCGCUCCUCCCUCUACAACAGGUACCCUCCGCGGAGGCCGAAGCCCCACGUCAUCUCCUCCGACUCGAUCCGGCGCGGUGCCACUACGAGGCAGCCGCAGGCGCCGUCGCCGCCGACGCUGCCGACGCCUCCAGACGCCGCCACCCCCAGCCCGGACGGUCUGAGCGUCGGCGCCGCAUCGGGUCCUCACCGGCGCGUCAACUACAGCUACCACCCCAUCAUAGACUACAUCCGCCAGCAGCAACUCGCCGAGCAGCCGGCGGCGGCGCUGCAGUCGCGCUCCGGCGAGGGCUGGACGCCCAUCGAAGGAGGACCCGCCGCGUAGGAACAACUGCUUUCGACGUCCAGUGAAGACAUGCGGUCGUGUUCACGUGCCAUUCUAGACAGCCAGGGGCCCUCCACCAAGUAGCUGACGCUGCAGUGUUGGUAUCCGGCGAAUGAUGCAGUUUGGAAUAUUCUUAAGAAAAGCCAAAUCAAGGAUGUAACAAAGCGUUUUUGAACCUGGCUGAAAAGUGACUCUAUAUAAUUAUUGCUGUGCGGAUACAAGAGGUAGUGAAAACAAAGACAAUUGUUUUCUCUUCUACUUAAUGAAAAUGGAGCCAUUGCCGGUUUAUAACCGUUUUAUCAGACGGUGUUGACAGACACGUUCAUAUAGCGUUUUAGCGUUUCCUGCCUCUAUGGUUAAACACUGUAGAGCUGAGGCGCCUUACAGCAAGGAAAGACAUGGGAAUCUAACGUCUCAUCUCACUUCAUAAUGAAUCAGUGUUCGUGGACGUUACUGAGAUAGCGUUUUGGGCAUUAAGAGAGAAAGGAUGCACGUAGUAGAUAAACCCAAAACUCUCAGCGACUUUUUUCUUUUUACCAUUUACGAUAGCUAUUGAUUUGCUCAUGAAUUAUUCAGUGAAGAAGGAGACAUCGUAGGGUUCUAGGUCGUUGGUGGUACCAUUAUUCGCACUUUAUCUGUUUCUUCUAAUAUUAAGAACAGUAUGGACUGAUUGCUCCGAAGUGGAGUGUGUAGUGUUUUGGAACUUCCUGGAAGAUUUAAACGGCGAUUCUUAAUCAGAGAUACUAUCUUUCAUGGACGACGCUCUUACAGACUGCUUCACCUCUGGCCGUCCGUAUUUUCUAUUUUUCAGUUCUAGAUCUACAUCUAUAUUCCGGAAGCUUCUUUUUUGGUGAGUGGCGGAGGGUGCUCUGUGCUUUGUGUGUCACUGUUACUUCCUCCCACCUUUCCCCACACCAGCGGCAAAUGUUCUG